GUGGAAGUGAGGGAUGAGCUUAAGAAAAAGGAAAGCAAAGGCAAAUGUUACUUACAUUUACGUCACAACGGUUACUGUGGAUGACUUGUUUCAUUCCCAUUUCGCUCUUCCAUAAACACUGCAACAAUUGCCUUGUAAUCAAUAUGGCUGAUUUGUUGAAAGACAUUUUGGGAUGCAAGCUUUUCAACCUACUAGACAUCUGGGAAGAUCAUCUUAGUGAUGACACAUGCUUCAAAUACGAAAAAGCUGAUCCUGCGAACCCCAACGCACUUACGGUAACAGCAAUAACGGCCAACGAAGCAAUGAUUAGUCGGAUCACGGUUGUUGGAGCAAAACCUGUUCAACCGUACUUGGACUAUAUAGCUGAGUGGUCAAGGAAGGCAGCAGAAGAAUUGUCUGCUAACGGAAUUGCGCCCGAAAAUUGGAAAAUUACCAGACAGGAUGUCAAUGAAUUUGCCUGAAACAUAAGGUGACAAUUUUUCGGAGGCAAUCUGAAAGGCACUUCUUUGAUACGGAUAUUAGUUGUUAAAUGAAUGAAACG